GAACGAAGCGACGCGAUGACGUCACGUAUGUGCGCCACAACCUUCAAUGUUAAUAUACUUUUUCUCUGUACAGUUAAAUAUAUAAUUGUUUAAUUUCUAGACAUGCAGGUAGCCGCGAAGUGUGCUUUAAGAUUGGACAUUAGUCGUGCUUUCUGUCCGUCAAGCGCGAGGAGCUGUCGUGCUGUAAACAGAGUAAAUGGCUCAGUAUCGUCCAGAAGAUACAGUGUCCUUCCUCCACCACAUAAUGAAGAGGAGAAAGCCAUGCUGGACAGUAUGAUGAGGGUUGAUCAUGCAGGAGAGUACGGAGCUAAUCGCAUCUACGCUGGGCAGAUGGCAAUUCUUGGAAGAACUCAGACAGGGCCUCUAAUCCAGCAUAUGUGGGACCAAGAGAAAAUGCAUUUGGAAAGGUUUAAUGAGAUCCUUGGUGAGCAUCGGGUUCGACCAACAUUAUUGUUGCCAUUAUGGAAUAUUGCUGGGUUUGCAUUAGGGGCCUGUACUGCUCUUUUGGGUAAGGAAGGGGCUAUGGCCUGCACUGUUGCAGUGGAGGAGAGCAUCUCGGAGCACUACAACAGCCAAAUCCGAACACUAAUGGAGGCUGACCCAGAGAGAUACACAGAGUUACUACAGCUUAUUAAAGAAUUUCGUGAUGAUGAAAUAGAACAUCAUGAUACAGGAUUGGAACAUGAUGCCGAGUCGGUACCAGGAUAUUUUCUUUUGAAAACAGCAAUUCAGGCUGGCUGUAAAGCUGCUAUCUAUAUUUCUCAGCGAAUUUAGAGUCAUUUUAACAAUGCAUGAUGUGUAAAUAUCGUUUUGUUUAUGCCAAUCAUGUACAGUUAGUAGUUGAUUUAUGGAGAGCACAUUUUAAAAGAGGUUAUGGUCAGUUUAUGUGAUUCUAAAAGUUAACUUCUGAAAUCUUUAACAUUUGAAACAAUUUUGUAAUUAAAAAAAUUUACUCACAAAAAUGUUUAUUUGCUCCAAAUAAAUGUGUUCACAAAAUCA